AGACACCCGCGUGAGGACGGCAACACGUCUGCUACCGCUAGUGUUGAAUAUCAGACGGACCGAGGCAGAACUCAACAGUUUCUCAGGUGACCAUUGUUUUGAUUUAGCGAGUGUGACACAAUUUUUAAAAGCUGGACACUAUUCUGUUACAUCAAGCUCAACACUGUCAGUCCAUCCAGACACCAUGUCCGUCAUAUUGACCGCAUGUAAGAACUCCAGACAGAAGGCCAUCGAGAAAGCUUUGAAGAAGAAGGCGGAGAAAAAGCAACAGAAGAGAGACGCUGCCAAAUCAGCCCUAAACGAAAAGCUUGGAAUCAAUGAGUUAGAGGACGAGAACCGGGUAAAAAUCUGGACAUUCUUGAUGAAUGGCGAGCCAACCAGUGUAGUGCUACAUCGAGACACACUACAAGUAGCAUGGAACGGUGAUAUCGUCGACUCCACGAGUGAUUUUUGCCACUGUGGCUCCACCAUUGACUUUAAGCUGGGACACAAGAGAGCUCAAAUCACCAGCACCAUGGGUUCAAGGCCACGUGACGGCAUGACCUACAGUCUCAACGUUGAAGGCAGUAUCGUUCCAGACUAAAUAACGACAUCACAAGUAAACGACUAAAUACCAAAAGAUGAAGUCGUUUCAAUACCAACCCAAAAACUAUUACAAAACAUGGCUUUGUUUUUUUUUUCUUUUUCAUUUCUAACAUUAACACUAUAGAUGAGCGUUUAGAUGUGAAUUUAAUUUAAAAUUUUAUCUCAAACAUUCUUGUUUUUUUUUUAAAUUUACUUGGCACAAAAUAAAAUCUUUCUGCUUUACUAUUUCAUAAUCAGCUUCAAAGCCAACCGUACACUAAAACGUUACAAUUAGAUAUUAUUUUCUACCAUGCGUCUGUUUAUGUUGUUAAGUGGACUGUUUUUACAAUGUAGUUAAUUUUUUACCCUAGUAAAAUUGUGUUGUUCAAAUUAAAUUAGCUCGUAUCAUACUCUCAUGUGUACUGAACUUCGUUAUGCUAUUUUUAGUUAAUACCUUUUUUUUUUUUAAAUCUGUUAUUCCCCCCCCCCCCCUCUUUCCCCCUCCAUUUACCCCUAUUUAUUUCCUAAUGUGCAAUUUUUAAAUUGUUGUUACCUUCAGUAAAAAAAAAUUCUUUUUCUAGAAUUUCUAAAAUACUGAAUUAUGUGUAUUUACAAGCUGAAGUAGCUAUAGCUUAUACAGAAAAAAACAAAGCCACAACUCAACAGUGCAUUAUGCUCAUUAAAUCUCUUUGUACACAUUAAAGUUUCUGCUGGGCAAAAGGCAAAGUCCAAUAUAUCAUUUUUCAAAUAUUUAUUUGUUUUAAUUUUGUUAAAAAGUUUUUUUGUGUGUCAUCACAGAUUUAAAGCUUUUGUUAAAUGUCAACUAAUAUAAAAAAAAACAACAAAUAUCUUAGAUGAUCUGUUAAAAGAAAUUUUUAUGCACCACUGUCUAUUUAAAUAUUCACUAGCAAAAUUUUGACAAAAUCCUUGUCCCAUAUGUUACAGCCUAGUUACAUUUUGCUGAACAAAAUUAUUUUCAAUUUGCAACGGUUAACACGUUUUUACUUUGUGAUAUGUACAUGAUUUUUACCUGACUUUGUUUUUUAAAGAAGUUCAAAUUUUCUUGUUAAUUCAAAGUUUUCUGACAAUGUGAUGCGGUGAUCAAGUGAUUUACAAUAUGGUUGGGAUUGCUUUUUAUACUCUACACAGUUGGUGUAUAAAAUAUGUAGUCUUUAAAUAUACAAUUUUUUUAUUAUUCUUUUUUUUGUAGAUUGCACUGUUUAUAUUGUUCUUGACAAAAAAUAAACAUAUAUGAUUGAAUUCACUUUUUUCUCA